AUGGCUUCAAAAUCGACAGGAAGAACGCUUCAGGCGCUCACAAGACGAGCAAGGCCGACCUGCGAAUGCGCCGGAGCGACGAAUGCCCGAGCUUCUUCGAUCAGACAAUUUUCGGCAUCUCCAGCCAGACCAGAUGUACAGUACGAGAGCGACAACGCGGAGCGACCGAGAUGGUCAUAUACCCCAGAGCAAAUGAAGGCACCAUAUCGAUGGAGGAUAAAAAAUCCAGCCGCGCAGUGGAAAUGCAACAGUGAUCCAGAGCUGUUAGAUCAGUUCUACAUCAAGUUCUUGGGACGAGGAGGAGACCAGAUGCUCACAGAGGAGGUCAAAUGGCUGGCAAUUACACAUAAGAGUUUCGAUCAGGGGCGAAGGGGUUUCAAUGAUCGAUUGGCAUUUUUUGGGCGACGAAUCCUGAAUCUUCAGACAAAUCUGACAUUACUACACUCACCAACGGCAACGAAAACCCAGCCAUUACCUGAUACAUCCGAUGAUCGCACACCUUUUACACAUCCUGCGUUGGAAGGCUUAGCAAACUUGUCCGACGUACCGCUUGCCGAAGUUUUGUCGAAGACGAGGCUUGCUGGACUCGCGAAGGCGAACGGCAUGCAGGAAAUUAUCCGAUGGACACCGAGAGAUCUACACCAUCUCAACCACUCCGGUUUAGAAUUAAUUUUAGCCCAUACCACGUACGCCAUUAUCGGAGCAAUAGCAUUGCAAAAGGGAGGAGAUGUUGCAGCGAGAGUUGCUAGGGAGAAGGUCCUGAAGCCAUUAGGAAUAUCAUGA